AUGGCUUACAUUGUUCCUGAUGGUAUACCAUCUCUUCCUUCUUCUGAUACGGAAUUUGAUUGGGAUAUUGGUGAAGAAAACGAAGAACAAUUGCCUGAUGAUAUUGAUGGAGUUUCAAGGCAAAAUUGGAAAUUUAAAAAUGAUCCAAUAUUUUCGUGUGAGGAAACAAUCAUUGAAGAAAAUCUGAACACGAAACCAGAAGAUUUAUCAUACAAGGAAGUUUUAUUGAAACAUGUGAGUUCGUUUAUUUCAAUUAUUUAUUUUAUUUGAUAUGUUUACAGCAAACUGAAAACACAAACCAUAUGAUUGAAAUCUCGAAAUUAUCUAAUGAUAGGAAAAACCCUAUUGAGUUUUGUCAAAAACUUGGAACUUUUUUGUGAGUUGAUUUAAUUUUGAAUGAUAAUAGUCAUAUCUGUGAAUUUCAGGAAUUUUUCACAUUUCCAACACAAUCAAUCGGUAGAUAUGAGCCAAUUUGAAGAUUUUAUUCGAAAUGAAUAUUGUCAUUUUUUGGACGAUGAAGAUUUGAAUAUUUUGAAAAAGAUUUGCUCUGGAGAUAUGGGAUGUUUUGCCAUUUUUGAAAAAUGUGUCGGGCAGUUCAUGAAUUGUCAAUUUUGUUUCACAAAAUCUAUUGAAAAUGAGAAAAUGGAAUUAGACAUGAAUUUUCGGCCAAGUUAUGAAGAAAUUGUGGAAUUCAUCGCAUAUUUUAAAACUAGAAUUCAGUUAGUCAUAUUUUUUAUUUAAAAACACAUGAUAUUUUUUUCAGUGAUGUAUGUAUAUAUUUGAAACCAAAAAUUUAUUCGGUUUACAAAUUUUCGAAAAUUGCACAUGCUGUUCUUUGGGAUUAUUGUCAGUUUUCAACAUUCAAAAUGUUGAAUUUUAUUUUAAACAAUCAACAACUUUGGGAAAAGUUUGUAUAUGAUUUCGAAUAUUUAUUUGAUUUCUAUUCUGAAUUGAACAAACGACGUAUUUCUUUGAAGCAAACGGCUGAAAAUCAUACAUUCUUCCAGUUUUUACUUGAUAAUUUAUCAGUAUUUUAUUCAAGAAUUCCGAAUGAUCAAGAAAUAACUAUUUUGAAAUUUGAAGAAAUUAUCGAAGAUACUCUUGGAGAUGAUUUAAAUGAAUUUCAUAGAAUGAAUAUCGAUGAGGUGAAUUUUUUUUAAAUUAUUAUUUAAAAUAAAUAUUAUUUUCUUCAGAUGGUGAAAGGAAAAGAAAAAGCUGUCGAAGGUUUUCGUGAAAAACUCGGUGAUUAUUUUCAAGUUGGAAUGAAAGGAGGAAUUCUAUUGAUAAAGAAGAAGAAGAAGACAAUCGGAAAAAUCGAAAAUAUUCCAGUCGAAAAUUCAAAUCAAGAAAUAUUUAAGGAGUUCCAAAAUACAACAACAACUUUUCACCAAAAUUUGAAUAGUCAGAUUAUUCCAAAAUCUGCUAUGAAAAAGAGACAGGAAAAAGUAGAAGAUAAUUGUGAUUGUUUGACACGUGGAACAAAUAGAAACCUGGAAUAUUCGGAAGAUAUUGCAAAAUGUGUUGAUAUUGCUAGAGAAAAAGUUAUGAAAAAUUAUGUACAUUUUGAAAAUCGAGAAAUGAGAUUGAUUGAACGAUUUUUCAAAGAGUUAGUUAUUCGAAAUUUUUUGUUACGAUGAAAACAGAAAAAAAAUGCUUUUUUUAAUUUGAAGAAUAAUAUAUUUUUCAGAUUCACCGCAACUUUGGGAAAUGAAAAAGAAACAUUGACAGCGAGAAAAGAUUUGGAUUUAGAAGUUGGACUUUUGAAAGAAACUGCUGAGAAAUUAAAGUGAGAUUUGAUUGCUUUUUGUAUAUAAAAUAUUCGAAAUACUUUUACAGGAUUACGCAAGAUCAAUUAGAGGAAUCAGAGAAGAAUUGUGCCAAAAAAGACAAUAUCAUUCAAAAGCUUCAAGAUGAGAUCAGUCAAUUAUCUACAACAAAUAUUAUCAUGAAAGAGUGUGUGAUUCGUUAUAUUAAACAUUUCUAUUGUUUUUUUUUCAGACAACUUCUAAAGGUUGAAGCUAAUUGUUCAGACCUUGUAUCUCAAAAUCGAAUUCUUCAAAAAGAUAACUCUAUGCAUCUUAGUGCUAUUAAAAAUUUCAAAACAAAGUUGGCUGAAAAACAAGAAGUUUCAACAAUAACAAGAAUUCAAAUGUAUAAUCAACCGAUGUUAAAUUUGUAAGUUUUAAAUUAAUUUUCUCAACAUUUUUCUUACUCAAAAUUUUCAGCCAUCCAUCUCCGUAUCCACAAGUUUAUCUUUUUCAACCAAUAAUAUUGCGACAACAUGGAACCAGUAUUUAUUUGAAUGAUUUCAAGAAAAAGUACGAAAAUGCUAGAAUGAUAUGCGAAACUGUUCGUAAAGAAUUUAAACUGUAAGUUUUUCUUGCCAAAUUUCAAAAGUACUCUUGAAAAGUGACUAUCGUUUUUCAAAAAAAAAAUGCAUUGCUUGAGAAAAUUCUCGUAAAAUGAUGAUUUUAUUGAAGCCUGCCACUAGUGGAAUAUGAUACAUUUAUGAAAUCAAUGAGAGAAUAUGAAAAUAUAUUGGUUCAUAAUAUUUUCGUUUGUGAGGUAAGAUUUUAUUCAAUUUAAUUAAUAAUAAAUAAAAGUUCAUAUUUCAGAGAAAUGGUUCUGAAAACGAACUGAAGAAUGCUUCACUUCCCAUUUUUAGUCCAGAUAUUCAAUAUAUCCUUCAUAACAAAAUGGGAGCAAAUCAACAGAAUAACAGUAUUUGUAAUUUCUAA